UUUUCAAAGUUGUAAUCAUUAGAACAUCAUUAUUUGUAGAAGUAAUAAACCAAUUUUGCUACUAAGUAGAAAGAAAUUGGUAAAAUGAAACAUAUUAAACCAUCUAAUUAAAAGUAUUCAGUGUUUAUGUUAAACAUACAAGUAAAAUAAUAAUAUAAUACUUAAAUUUUCUAUCCUACUCAAUAUUCCCGCCUGUCAAGUCUUACCUUACAAAAUGGAAAUUAGAAAUAACAUUUUAUUGUUUUCAAUAUUGUUAACUUUAUUACAAUGUGGAUAUUCGGAAUUUAUAACCAUGUCUUUACUCGGUUCCGCCGCUGUAGCUGGUUUGUACCACAAAUGGAGUACGAUAAAAGAUAAUACAUAUUGUCGGUAUGUGGAAUGUUGCAAUGAUCAGCAUGUGCCUUUCGAUAUUAAUAAGUUGAAACUAACAUUAACUCAAAAAAUGUUUGGCCAACCAUUAGUUGAUGAGCUGGUUAAUAUAUUACAAGCACACAAAGAAGCUGUAAAUGAUCCAAACAAAAUCAACAAAAAGGCUUUAGUUAUAAGCCUUCAUGGAUGGCCUGGUGUAGGUAAAAACUAUGCAGCUACUAUGAUAGCUGAAGCACUUUAUGCUAAAGGUAUGCACAGUAAAUAUGUCAAGUUAUAUAUGGGAAAAAAAGAUUUUGACUGCUCAAACUUGCAGCAGAAAAAAGAAGAUUUGGUAGCUACUUUAAAUAGUAUUGUAAGAAAAUGUCCAAAAUCACUUAUUAUAUUUGAUGAGAUUCAUGAUAUGUGCCCUUCAGUAUUGGAUACUAUUAAACCUAUGCUUGACCAUCAUCAUGCUGUGGAUGGUAUUGAUUAUAGAGAUAGUAUAUUUAUAUUCAUAUCAAAUAUUGGAGGUCAAGAAAUAGCAACAAAAUUGUUGGAACUCUAUGAUCAAGGCGCAAAGCGGAAUGAUGUUGAAUUUCAUGACUUUGAGCCAAUUAUAAGGAGGACAGCAUAUUUCCAAGGUGGGUUUGAAAAGGCUGCUGCUAUAGCAAAUCACUUGAUAGAUCAUUAUGUGCCAUUUUUACCACUGGAGCAACAACAUGUAGAAAUGUGUGCCCUUGCGGAGUUUAGAUCUCAUGCCAUAUACCACCCAACAAAGGAAAUGAUGGCGGAAGCUUUAUCAGUUAUAACAUAUGGCCCUAAUGAAGACCAGCCAAUAUUUGCAAAUAAUGGAUGCAAGCGAUUCACAAGACACAUUCCUUAUGUAAUACAAAAGAAUAAACAGAAGACAGAGUUAUAAACAACAUUUACUGCACCUUGUGAUAUUUUCAACUGAUAUUUUGUUAAUUCAUUUAGCUUUAAACCUUUUUGUACAAAAUAGUUGUAUUUCUUAAAAAGAGAAUGAUAAAUAAUACAGGUGCAUUUUUAU